AUGGCGUAUAAUUACAUUGACACCCCGCGCACGGAAAUGGGGAACGCGACAUACAUAACAAACGGGCUCCGAAGCACAACGCGACACAAUCUUUCGGCACUUGAUUCGAUGGAAAAUUCUUUCCAGUCCCCUUCUAAAGAUGGCGAACUACUCAAAACAGAAGUGAAUAGACGAAACCGCAAAAACGGUGAUUUCUCAUUACGAACCCCUCGGGCUGGCGCUCCACCAUCCUCGAAGAGCCGGCGGAAUCUUCCUACCACAGCGCCUCCGAAGGGAGAAUUUACGCCUCUUAUGAAAAGUGUUACGAAAGGAAAUCUCUUGCGUGGCUCAAGAAAGGGCGGCCCUCAAACACCCGCUUACCUCAGGAAUGAUUAUCGGGAUCCAAAUACACCGGGGCUACCGAAAAUGGAACAGAGUGAAAUCUAUGAAGACUUCUCCAUGAACGAGGAUGACCCGACGCCUGUUCCUCAAAUAGCAAGCAGUAGCCCACAGAGUACUCCGUUGCCUGUGCUGCCGGGACGAAAUGUGAAUGGAGGAGUGAUUAAAGACGAGAAUGUUAUGACGCUCAAGGAGCAAGAAAAUGUUAUAAACAAACUGGAUAAAGAAAAUUUUGACCUGAAAUUGAGGAUCACCUUUCUCCAGGAGAAGCUGAACAAGGCUGGCCCGGAUUUGAACCGAACUGCUCUAGAAGAAAACAUAGAACUGAAAGUAAGUGGAAAGACGAUGGAGCGUGAAUUGCUGCGUUGCAAGCACAAUUUGGCUCGGGCUCAGAGAAAAGCAGAGGCAUGCCAACGAGAACUCGAAAGUUUCCAAGAAAAAUGGAAACGAAGGCAGGCAGAUGGUACAUUACAAAAAGAAUUGGACUGGAUGAAAGAGGAUUCAGAGAACAAAGAUAUAGAGAUUAACGAAUUACGAGAGGAACUAAGGUCGGUGCAGAGUAAAGAGUCCGAUGAGAUCCAGGAUUUACGCGAUAAAAUCGGUGACUUGGAGUACACAAUAAGAGAAAAAGAUACUUUGUUGGAGAAAAAGGAAGAGGAGGUCGAGGAACUCAAAGAGAAAGAGCAGGAGGGCAAUGGUUCCCUUACCGAGCUUGAAGCAGAACUUGAGCGUGCCAGAACUCAAGUCAAUGAGUUUAAGGAGAUCAUCAAAGAGUUAAGAAAUGAAUCAAAAGACACCGAGACUGCUUGUCAGAGAGCUGUUGAGGAAAAGAACCGUGCUAUCGAAGACUUAAGGGAAUUACAAGAUGAGAUGGCCAAUAAGUCCUUUUACACGAAAGGGUUAAGCCGCCAACUUGAAGAUAAAGCAAAUUCUCUCGAAAACGAAGUGACCAUGCUGCGACGCCAAUACCGAGAUGCACAAGAGGAAUUGGAAACCCAGAAGCGAUUAGAGCGGCACCUCCAGCAACAGAUUCAGGAGCUUCAGCAAGACCUUGAUUUAGUGAAGGCGAAAUCCCAAGAUGAAAUUGAGAUUAUCCAACAUGAGCGCGACGUGGUAACAAGAGAGCGGGAUCUUCUAUCAUCUCAGCUACGCGAGACGGAUGAUGAGUUACGGGCUCGAGGUGACGCAAAGAGUCUUCUACAAACCCGCCAUGAUGCAUUGACCAGUGAAUCUCAAGGGCUCCAAAAAGAGCUAGAUAGAGCUCGAGUUGCUAUUGCAGAUUUGGAACAGCAAGUUGUAGACGAGAAGCGGACAUCUUUUGAAAAUUUUGAAGAACUCAAAGCCCAACACAAGGAUAACAUUGAUCAGUUACGUGAUGAUAUUGAGUCCUUGCAAAGAAACCUUGAAGACAACCGCGCGCAUUUUGAGGUUGAUCGUGACAAAUGGGAAAGUGCAAGGAGAUCUUUGGAGCUGCAAAAACAUCAAGCUGAACAACAGGCUGGUGGGUAUAAACGAACGAUUGAACGGCUACAUCAAGCCGAAACAUCCUUGUCCGGCAAAGAAAAAAAAUUCCAGGAUAUUAUCAACAGUGAGAAACUACAGCAUUCACAGGAGAAGGAAUUGCUCAACCGUCAAAUAACAGAGCUGAAUAGUGAUAUUGUUUCCAGAAGGGAAGUGACAGAAAAGCAAAGACUGGAGUUGCUGACUCUCAAGGAAGAGUUGAGGGUAGCUAAAAGGGAAGGGGAGGCUAUGAAAGAAACGGUUCAAAAUCUCAAUGAUGAUGUUAUCGUUCUCCAAGCAAGCUUGGAGGAAGAACGACAGUUAGGCAAAAGUCAACAGAGAACAGGCCCUUCAGAGCUGGAGAAACAGCUUCAAAACAUUACCAUUGAUCGGCAAACUCUUCGAGACAAGCUCGUUAACACGGAGUUUGAGUUAGGUGAACUUCGGGCCAUUAUUACAGACAUCAAAGCGGAACGCGAAGAACUGAAGAGCCAGCUUGGCCGUACCCAUAAUCAACUAGACGAAACGUAUCGCCUGGACCAAGAGAAGCUAGACCUUCGAAAAUCCAAAUUGCGCCAUGAGAGCGAGGUCAAACGAUUGAAGGAGGAAAAAGAUGUGCUGCUUGAAGCAAAGGAAACGUUACGGAUUGAACUGGAUGUCGAACUCGAGAGGGCUGCUGAUGAGGAGAAUAGGCUCUUAGCGCAAAUCGACCAAUUACAGGACAAGCUCUUCAUAUCAUCUGAAAAACGAGAUCGCGAGCUUGCUUCUUCGAGAUUGAAAUCCGAGCGGCUAGAAAAACGUGUUAAAGAUCUCGAAUCUAUUCUUGAUCAACAAGUGCCGACCGAAAUAGAUACAGGCCCUGAAGCGGUUGACUCCUCUAUUCUUCGACACCAUUUACAAGAAUCACGCAAAAAGGAAAAGGCGGCUCUUCGGCGUGAGAGUGAUCUGAAAUCUUCCGUCCGGCAGUUGAAGGACCGCAUUGCGAAUCUUGAAACUGAGAAUCACGAACUUCAGACAGACAAGUUCGGACCGAUAAGCUCGGAGGCUGGCAUUUCACCUUCGUCUAGGUAUCAAGAAGAGGUCCGCAAACUCCGUGGCCAGCUUCUGGAUGCUCAUAAAAAUAUGAAGGGGCUUCGCGCUAAAAACCAUGAUCUUCAGCGUCAUGCCGUGAUGGCAGAGGAAAGAAAAGACCUCCACGAGCUACUUAAAUCUGCCACACUCGAAGCUGAGUCCCUAUCUGUUAAAUUGUCCGAGCGAGAUGUACGUGUCAAUGAACUUCGAGCUCACCUUCGUAGAGUUCGCGAGGAACGCACAUUAUCGAAAAAACAAGCAGAUACGGCAGAUAACCAACUUCAGGCGCUACAAGAAAAAUAUGGGGUCGCGCUGGACGACUUGGCAUGUCAAGUAGGAAAAGGAGGUCGACACGAGAAGGAACUCAGGGGCUUGGGGAAAGAAAUUAUGUGGCUUAGAGCGAAACUGUCGAGAGAAGAAAGGUUCCGAAGAGACCUUGCCUGGGGCAAGGGUAUAAUGGAGGUUGGAGAGCGUAUUAGAAUAGCUUGCAAUGAAAUGGAUCUUCAACUUAUCGCAGAUAUGGGGGUCGAAGCUGGCAUGGCGGAGACGAAAUUGUGUGGUCGAAGAAAACUCAGGAGUGCUGCUUUCGUAGUUAUGGCUGCAGCUCGAAUGCAGAAGAUGGCAGCUGAGUGGAGGAAAACGAGGAAAAUGGGCGAGGGAUUGCGGAAAGCAAAGAACGAUGUGUUGAAGAGAAGAGGUGUAGACAGGAUGGCAUCUACGAGCGAACCGGGGCGAGUUUGA